AUGGAGUCAUUCCCGGAUUUUGAAUCUAAAACAGCCCCAGGCGAGGUAGUAGUAUCUCGCGGGAGAGAUCUCCGAGAACCUCCCAGAUAUAGCGAUUCUGGACUUGGAAGCGUUUCAUCAGAACACGUUAGUCCUCUCCAAGAGCAUCGUCCAUCCCUGGACAAUCGGGAGCUCGACAGUCCCAAAAACCGACCCCGCUCCCGCUGCCGCGCAACCCAUCUCCCAGAAUUCCUCCAUCGACACCAUGAGAUUCAAGAAAAGGCCAAUAUACCCCAGUGUACAGCCAUUGUUGCCAGUUCCUGCAGCGUCCGGAGUCUGACUAGAGAAGCUUUUAGAAGACAAUGGUCGGAACAGAAGAAAAAGGCUCAGAAGAGUCGCUUUUGGCGCAGAGACGUAAGAAAAGAGAGAAAGGGAGACCUCGAGACGAAAAUGAAUCUUAAUACAGGAAUCAAACUGAUGUCUGAACUCCCAUCCAUACGCGAGGUCCCUAUUGGGGAGGGGUCACUGCACUUGGGGUUGUUUGGGUCCGACUCGGGCUUGCCCACGAGUUUUGCAGAUUCACCGUCCCUCUCAGACCAAGGUCCGCGGCCUGAGUUUCCCUCUCCAGAACCAAUGGCUCAUGAAUUGGUAGUUGUGAGCGUUAGGGAGUUGUCUGAAAAGUCUGAUAAUUUGGCCCCGGAGUGUUCACACGAAAUAGUCGAGAUGAUCGUGCAUUCCGAUUCCGAUAGCGGGUAUUACACGGCUGAGGAGGAGUUUGUCCAUACUAGUCACACGGGGCUCAGCUAG